AUGGAUCGGCAUCGCAUUCUACAAAAGAUACCCUCCGAAAAGACACUUGAAAACCUAAGCGGAAUGUUGCAAAGACCGGUCUCAAUGACUAGUUUACGCCAAACUUUGCACAACCUAUCCAAUCCAUAUGAGAAGGAGUCCACAAGAGGGCUGGAGGACGCAAUUUUCGAUUUGUUUAAGAUUCCUGGAAAGAACGAAGCGUCCAUUGGUCGACUACUUACGGUUCUAAAAUCAUUUGGACUUCGUGUCGAUGAUCCUCGUCUAAGGCCUAUGAUGCGAAGAUUAAAGCAGAUUGAAAAACAAGAGGAGGCCAAGAUGAAAGAAGCUACUGAGCCUAAGCACUGGAAGCUUGGAAGGGAUCAAUUCAAAGAAUGCAUAGCUUAUAGCGUUGAUCUCAUCGCGCAAGCACUACGCAAUAAUCUCGUCAUCCCAUCCUGGCACACCUUCAUCGAUCAAAUCAGAGUUAUCUAUCAAGAGUGUGGGGAGAUAAGUGACGGUUCAGUCGCGACCUAUAUCCCUCAACUUGCCCGACAGUCACCUCAUUUUUGGGGAGUUUCGAUUUGCACCGUGGACGGGCAACGGGUAAGAUUGUUGAACUUCUGCAAGAUAAACUUGGGAGAUAAGCGACUUCUUGGCACAUUGCAGGCUUCCUUUGGCGAUGCUAAAUCACCUUUUUGCGUGCAAUCGGUGUCGAAAGCAUUCAACUAUGCUAUUGCGGCCUCAGAUCUCGGUAAGCUUUAUGGUUUAAAGUACCAAAAUCAGCUCACACUACUACCUAGUGAAAGAUAUGGAAACGACGACCACAAACUUAAGAUUCGUUUACUAAGCAGA